AUGAUUUUGCUGUGCAUCCUCAUCCUACUGGCUCUGUGCGGACCUGCACAUGGCACCUGUGGACAGACCUGUGGGCUCCGGCCCAUGGGCACUACCAUCAGCUCAUCACGCGUCGUGGGUGGCACAGAUGUCAUGCCAGGGUCUGGGGCCUGGGCUGGGAUUGCCAGUAUCCGCUGCAUCUGGAAACCACCGCUCUCUGUGCACGUCUGUGGAGGGACCCUCAUCAGCUCAAAGUGGCUACUCACAGCUGCCCACUGCUUUAUCAACAGGACAAAUCCCCUCAGCGAGUGGGCCGUCGUGCUUGGGGCCACUUCCUUGGGCCAGGUAGCCCCUGAAGUGGAAGUGCGCCGGAUUAAGCAGCUGAUCAUGCAUGAAAAAUACACUCCUCAGCUUGAGUAUAACGACGUCGCCUUGCUGGAAUUGGACCGGCCAGUGCAGUGCAGCUCCACCAUUCAGACCGCCUGCCUGCCUGGUCCUGGAGUGAAAGUGACGGAGCUGAACAACUGCUAUGUUGCUGGCUGGGGUGACAGAAUUGUGAAAUCUUCAGGUAGAGAUAUCCUGCAGCAGGCUAAGGUCCAAGUCGUGGACCUCCAGCUCUGCAACAGUAGCGAGUGGCUGCAGGGGUACGUGUAUGAUUUCCACGUGUGUGCUGGGCAAGGCGGCGUUGGCACCUGCCAGGGUGACAGCGGGGGGCCUCUUGUCUGCCAAGAUAAGCGUGGUGGCUUCUUCUGGCAAAUUGGUGUGACCAGCUGGGGAGUCGGCUGUGCUAGACCUAAACGGCCCGCAGUCUCCAGCUCCACUCAGUACUUCUACAACUGGAUCUGGACUAAGACGGGAAUGAGGCCAGCAUCACCAGUUACUCCAGCGCCACCUACACCCCCGCAGACGCUGCCUCCAAGACCAACCCAACCCUGCCCAUUUCCACGUGAAAAGCUGCUGCAAUUCUUCAAUCUGCUGAAGGAUAUCUUGCGCUUCCUAAAGGGAAAAAUAUUUUGA